UGAAGUUUGAUCUCUUUUUCGACAGACUCUGGCGACCUCGGUAGCCCAGCUGUACAUUGCACCGCCUGAAUCUCGAAACAGAUGGAAAAAGAUGGUCACAGGAGUGAUUUGUUUUGUGAAAGAUAACGGGAAACGAUCUUACUUCCUUCGAAUGUACAGUCUGGUGACGAAAGCAUUGGAAUGGGAACAAGAACUGUACAAUCAGUUCAAGUAUACUGCUCCUAGACCUCAUUUUCACACUUUUGCAGCUGAUGCUUACAAUGCUGGUCUUAACUUUGCAAAUGUCAACGAAGCCCGGAACUUUAUCAAUGAGAUUGAAAAGAAGCUGCAGGAAAAGCUAGUGAGACGUCAAGAAAGGAGAAAAGAGAAUUCUUCACGACACAACAAGCAACCUCCCCCGCCACCAGCUGUGGGUGGCCAUGUGGAGAUUGGAAAGAGGAACUCUUUGCAGUCCCAUGAUAACACUGUCAAUGUGAGUCAUUCCCCAUCACAGACCAGCCUUUCAUCUGUGGAUGGCUCUAGCAGUUCCUUGAACAGAAGGAAAAGCAAAGAAAGAAAGGAAAGCAAGAGUAGUACAGGAUCCAACAACAAAAAAGGUGGAAAGAGAAGAAUUACCAAAGAGGACAUUGGCAAACCAGAGAACUUUCAGCAUGUUGGACAUAUUGGCUGGGAUCCACAAGGUGGAUUUGAUGUUAAUAAUGUGGAGAUGGAUGGCAACUGGAAGAAGUUGCUUGACUUGGUUGGUGUGACAGAGGACCAGAUGCAGAAGAAGGAAACAAUGGAAUUCAUUUAUGACUUUGUGGAAAAGAGAGGCGGAAUUGAAAAUGUUACCCGGGAAAUAGAGUUGGAAAAACAAGGUGGCCCUGUAGCUCCAGCACCACCAACUCCAUCCAGAGGUCAAUCAAGAGGACCCCCACCGCCACCUCCCCCCUCACGUGGUGCCCCACCACCACCCCCAGCAAGGGUAGGAGGUGCUCCACCACCCCCACCUCCAUCCCGUGGUGGACCUCCACCCCCUCCACCUCCUUCACGAGGAGCCUUGCCUCCUCCACCUCCAAUGGGAAGAGCACCCCCUCGUCCUCCAUCUGGAGUUCCUCCACCCCCUGCCCCACCUCCUCCUCCACCAGCUGGUGGAGUGCCCCCACCACCGCCACCGAUGCUUAGAGGCGGCCCCGCUCCUGCCCCUCCUGCUCCCAUGGUUGGUGGAGGUGGUCGUGGAGCACUUCUGGAUCAGAUUAAAGGAGGAGCUGCCCUGAAGAAGGUGACACCCAAUGAAGGAAGACAAAGCAGCUCUGAUGGUCGAGGAGAUCUGUUGAGUGAAAUUAGGACGGGCAAGCAGCUGAAGAGGGUGUCAGAAGUAGACGGCCCAGCUAAGAAUUCCAAACCCCCUGUGGGGGGUGGAGGUGGAGGAAUCUUAGGAGCUCUUCAACUUGCUUUGGAGCAAAGAGAAAAAGCCAUUCACUCGUCAGAAAGCGAAAGCGACAGUGCUUCUGAGUUUGAAGACGAUGACGAUGAAUGGAUGGACUAGGUCCACAACAGUAUGUGAAAUGGACAUUAUAACUAAUCCUCACGAUAGACUGCACACUUAAUAUUAUAUUAUAGCAUUACAAUUAGUUCUUAACAUUUUAGAAAUGAAAGGAAAAUUUUUCCUUAGGCUUGCACGGCUCAACUCCUUGUGUAGCAAAAAAUAAGUACGUUUUAAUAGGACGGUUUUCAUAUGCUCGAUGUCGAUCACUGGAAUUGAUUGCACGAGUUUCAAAACUCACUCGGGGUGAGUUCUUAUAGCUCAUGUGCCGAGGAGCAAUAAUAUCGAUGACGUGACUGGAUUGGUUUUGUGUUAGUCAGAGAGCUAUUGGUAAGAGGAAAGAUUUUUUUAGGGGACUGGACAAAGUUCCAAAUUAAAAUGUGAUCAGAUGCAUCGUAUAUCUUCCCAAGAAUGUUCUUCUCGAUCUAUUAAGUCUUCGAAAAUGUGAUGAAGCGAUCGUCAGCGAUCAUAAAGAAACCGUUCACCUGCUUUACGAAAAGUGCCGUAAGUCGGUCUUUAAGGCUUGGACAAUCAUGAAAAAGAGAAACUCUGCUGGCAAAAAGCCCCAGUAGUCCGAAAUGAAGUCAGAAGUGUACUUCUUUUGUCACUUUUCCUUGAACGCGAAUGGUUAUUGUAAUAGUUAACUAUAAGGGAGUUUAAGCGACGACGAGGACGAGGAUGACGCCUAGUCAAGAAUGAAUUUAUACUUUACCAGCGAAAUUCGCAAUUGUCUAGAUCUGUUCAGCACACCAAUAGUUGUAAAAUCGAGCUCAGGCUAAAUAUGCAGUGACAGCUUUCAAUUCCAAAUGGAAAUACGAAAGCGUUCCUCAGGCUACGCAGAA